AUGGCCAGCGAAGUGCCAGAAAAGUCUGAUCAGGUACCCGCGGUGGACUCCGUGGCAGAGACGACGACGGCCAACGAUGGCGGAGACAUCAACAUGGAAGGGACCGCCGCGCCUGGAGCCGCGACCGAUGCACCCGGCGGUGGUGGCGGCGAAGACGAAGAGCGGAACCCCGUUGCUCCAGGGCCCGAGCUGAAGCUCCCCACGCACAAGGACGUGUCCCUCCGCGAGCUACUUCAUAAGAUGGAUGACUCUGCACCCAUUAUCCCAGACGCAGUGACACACUACUACAUGACCAAGGCUGGCUUGCCACCUCCUCCGCAGACGGAUCCUCGACUGGCACGCCUGCUGGCCCUGGCGACGCAGAAGUUCAUCGCAGAUGUCGCCGCCGACGCGUACCAGUACAGCCGCAUUCGCGCGUCCAACACGAACACCAACAACCCCAUGGGUAACCUCGGCGCUGCCGCCGGCUUCCCCGUCCCCGGACAGCAUCAGGGUGGCGCGGGCCAGGCUGGCGGCGCCGGAGGUGCCGGCGCGGUAGUGAGCAAGGAUCAGGCUAAGGGGGGUGCUGCUGGCGCCAAUGCGGCCCUGGGUAUCCAAAGGCCCGGAUACGGCGGUGGCGGCCAGGGUGGGAGCCAGAAUAGGACGGUUCUCACCAUGGAAGAUCUCGGUAUGGCGGUGGGAGAGUACGGGGUCAAUGUCAAGCGCAGCGAGUUUUACCGGUGA